AUGGCACAGACACAACCCUACCCUGGCAUGCAGCAACAGGUUGGAUAUAACCCAGGCAUGCAGCAAAAACAGAUAGUGCAGCCGGUCGGACAGCCAGGUAUGAUGGUGGUGACAACUGCGCCCCAGCAGUCACUUCCGAUCGUCAAAUCCUUCCGCGACACGCCACAGAGAAUGCAGUGCCCAAACUGUAGCCAGGACAUCGUCACUGUGAUGACCUUCGUACCAGGGGUUAACACGGUCGUCUGUUGCCUCAUCAUUGCUCUUCUUGGGGGUGUUCUGGGCUGUUUCAUUAUCCCAUUCUUCAUGGACAGUUGUAAGGAUGUCAUCCACAAUUGUCCUAAUUGCCGAACAAAGCUUGGACGCUAUACCAAAAUGUAA